AUGCCUCCUGAACAGUCUCACGAAUCUUCCACAGAGCGUCGCCACCGCCACCUCUCCGGUGCUGAGAGUGAAAACGCGGUCACGGGCUCCGAUACUGUGCAGCCGUCUAUUGACGGUGUGGCUGAUGACUUAGAGAAGACUGCAAAGAUGAAGGCAGAAGGCAAUAACCAGGAGUAUGUCAGCGGCGUCAAACUCGGUCUGAUCGUCGUCUCGGUCUCGCUGGCUUGCUUCCUGACAGUGAUGGAUAUUUCUGUCAUCAGUACUGCAAUUCCCAAGAUCACCGACGACUUCAAAUCCCUAGUUGACGUUGGCUGGUAUGGCAGUGCGUAUAAUCUGGGCAGUGCGGCUCUUGUGCCUCUGACUGGUAAGAUGUACAAUCACUUUAAUCUCAAGUGGACCUUUCUUGUGUUCUUCUUUGCCUUCGAACUCGGCUCUGCACUUUGCGGAGCAGCGCAGACGUCGGCAAUGCUCAUAGUCGGUCGUACCAUCGCGGGGUUGGGUGCUUCUGGUAUCAUCAACGGAUCGUUCACGAUCAUCUCGGCUUCAGUAACCCUCAAGAAGCGACCGCCUCUCAUUGGGGCGUGCAUGGGAAUUUCCCAGCUUGGCCAGGUGAUAGGGCCUCUUAUUGGCGGCGCCUUCACUACGGGUUACACUUGGAGAUGGAGCUUUUACAUUAAUCUGCCCCUUGGAGUCAUUGUCGCGAUUCCGUUGGUCAUCAUCCACAUUCCUGAACAGGUUGCAAAGCAGAGCCCCCUCCACGUCCUCAAAGGCCUCCACCGUUUCCUCGACCUCAUUGGCUUCGCAUUGUUUGCUCCAUCGGUCAUUAUGCUCCUUCUCGCCUUGCAAUACGGUGGAAACCAGUUCCCGUGGAAAUCAUCCCAAGUCAUUGGUCUUUUCUGCGGCGCAAGCCUCAACGCCGUUGUCUGGGCAUUCUGGAACCGUCAUGAGGGCGACGAGGGCCUCAUUCCGACUUCCAUGGUCAAGAGACGCAUUGUCGCCAUAAGCUCACUUAACUAUGGACUCUUCAUGGCCGUGGUGUUUGGUGGCGUGUUCUACCUGCCGAUAUACUUCCAAGCUAUCAAGGAAAAGAGCGCUAUGCUCAGCGGCGUUUAUCUCAUGCCCAACAUCCUACCACAAAUACUCACGACAAUCUUGACUGGUGUUCUGGUUCCAAAGGUCGGCCGCAUCCCGCCGUUUGCUCUAUUCGCGGCGGCCACGACAGCAAUUGGCAGCGGCCUCUACGGGACCUUCCAGCCCAAUACUUCGACAGGAAAGUGGAUCGGAUACCAGAUCCUGGCCGGGGUCGGGCAAGGCUUCGGCUUUCAAAUGCCGCUGAUUGCCAUUCAAAACGACACCAAGCCGGAGCAUCUCGCCGAAGCAACAUCCCUCCUUGUCUGGGCACAGUAUGUUGGCCCGACGAUCUUCAUUGUUGCUUACAACACUUUUUUCACUUCCAGUCUGCGCUCAGAGAUUCCCAAAUACGCACCUAAUGCCGAUGUAGAGGCUAUUGUUGCGGCUGGCGCUACAGAGUUCCGCAAGCUGGUGUCUGCUGAAGAUCUCCCAGCUGUCCUGGUGGCGUAUGCAAAUGCCAUUGAUCAUGUGGUUUUCUUGGUUGCGGCCGUCGGUGUCCUUGCCUUUCUGGCUGCCUUCGGCAUGGGUUGGAGAGACAUCAGGCAGAAAGCGGCUACACCAGGGACGAGCAAUGAUGACGGAUCUUCUAGUCCUGCUCAAGCUUGA